GUUCCAUACCCAUUUUCUUGCGGCGCACUCACGUAGCAGAAAUAUGUGGGUGCACGAAGAAUUGCGUCUGGGUACAGAGUACGAGCUAAUGCGAAGAUUAUCGAUCACGUGUCCAUCUCGUGUUUGACUGACAACCUGACUGACAACUGUGAACUGCGCACUGUGUCGCUGCGUGGAACCGCGAGUUUGUAUUUCCCGUAUAUACGUUGCCACGUGCAGUGUUCGUGUCCUAGCGUGGGGUCGAUCGCAAACCGCUCAUUGUACUGUAAAGUCUGACAUGGCUUCCCGUAGUCGUCCUUCCAACCCUCAGUCUCAGACUCUCACGAAGUAUUUUGGCUCUGUGUCAAAGCGGCCUCGCUUGGAUGAGGAGGACAGACGACCGGACUCUACAAAGGUACCGGAUGAUGGAGGUGACGAUCUGCAUGGAGACAACAGUAGCUUACCAUCACUGGAAAGACCAGACGAUGCCACUUUUAUCCAUCCAGCUGUGUCUUCCGGAGAUUUUGCUAGAAUUGUACAGUUGAAGGAAGAACGAACUCUGACAGAUCAGGAAAAGUACCAUCUACUUACUAACCAUUUCCGGCCCAGCGCUACCUACCGCUUUCCAUCUGUUCUUUAUGGGAAGAAGAAGCGUGCAUUUCAACAUGACUGGCUUCACCAAUAUAACGGUCUUGUGUAUUCUGAGACAAUGCAGGGAAGCUACUGCAAAUACUGUGUCCUGUUUGGUCAAGCUGCGUACUCUGUGUACAGUUUUACCGGUACUCUGAUUAGUAAACCACUCACUAAUCUCCAGAAGGCCAGUGAGAAGCUGCGUAACCAUUUCAUUGGUGUCGGAGGGAGUUCAGCAAGGAAGUACCACUUACAAGCUGUUGAAAAGGCAGAGAAUUUUAAGGCUGUGAUGGAAAAGAAACAGUUGCCAGUUGACCAGCAACUUUCCAGCCUUCGAGCUCAGCGUAUUGCCAAAAACAGAGAAAUCCUAAGAUCUGUAGCAGAAACUGUUAUACUUUGUGGCAGGCAAGGGCUUGCUUUGAGAGGCCAUCGCGAUGAUUGGAAGUGGUUAGAGAAAACGCCAUACGCUAAUCACGGAAAUUUCAUGGCCCUACUUCAGUUUCGGAUUCAGAGUGGAGACAAAGUUUUAGCUGAUCACCUUCAAUCUGGUGGUUACCAAGGAAACGCUCUGUACACAAGCAAAACCAUUCAAAAUGAGUUGAUUGACGUAUGUGAUCAUAUAAUCCGCACCCGCAUUUUAAACGAAGUCCGAGAUGCCCCUUUUUUCUCAAUCAUGGCAGACGAAGCAACAGAUGCUGCCAAUAAGGAGCAGCUGGCUAUCAGUGUCCGGUAUGUGAAGGAGGCUACACGAAGUAUCGAAGAGCGAUUCUUAGGUUUUAGUGAGUGUGUUACUGGCGUAACUGGAGAAGCCAUAGCAGAUCGCAUUCUUCAGCAUCUAGUCGACUGGCAGCUUCCAGCCGAUAAUCUCAUCGGUCAGACGUACGAUGGUGCCGGAGCCAUGGCUGGAAGAAAGAAAGGAGCAGCAGCACGCAUAACACAGCUCUACCCAAAGGCUCUUUAUACGCAUUGCAAUGCGCAUGUUCUCAACCUUUGUGUGGUAAAAUGUUGUCGCAUUCGUGAAAUCCAGAAUGCCAUGGACACCGCUGACAGGAUUUGCCGUUUCUUUGCCAACUCGCCAAAGAGACAGCUUGCAUUAGAAAAGUCGAUAGGAGCGGUUUUGGAUGGUGAGCAUCGCAAAAGAAUAAAGUCACUUUGCAAAACUAGAUGGGUGGAAAGGCACCAGGCCUUUGAGGUCUUCGCAGAUCUCUUACAGCCAUUGAUUUUCUGUUUGGAAGAGAUCAAAGAUUCGGUGGAGUGGAACAGAGAAACCAGAGCUGAUGCACAGUCAUUCUUUCUGGCUUUAACAAGAUUUCCGUUCAUCUUCACUUUAAUACUGACAAAGGAUGUUUUAGCGUACACUAAAGCCCUGAGUGUCAAGUUGCAGGGCCGUUAUGUUGACAUAGUGAAGGCAUACCAGGAAAUAAGGUUUGUCACUUCCACACUUCACAGUGCCAGGGUGAAUGUCACUACAAUCCAUUCACGAGUCUAUCAAAAGGCUUUGGAAGUAGCCGGUAAGGUUAAUGUAGAAGAGAGCUUGCCAAGAACGACUGGACGUCAACAGCACCGCGGCAAUGUGCCUGCAUCUUCUGCAUCCGAUUACUACCGGAAACAGCUGACCAUCCCAAUGCUGGACCAUCUCAUCAAUGAAAUGGGUUACCGGUUUAGCGAAAGUUCUUCAGCUGUUGUUUCUCAAAUCACGCGUCUUUUGCCACCAUCCUUGGCAGUGAGUGACAACAUCUUGUCUUCAGCAGAUAUUCCCGACUUGGUCAAGAUGUAUGGCGAUGAUUUACCAGCCGCAGCUGCUCUGGAUACGGAGCUUCACAGCUGGACAGUGAAAUGGAGCGGGUCGGUACAGUUUGCAGCAGAUAAAGAUACACCCUUGAAGGUUCUCAACCAAAUCGACAAGGACUUCUUUCCAAAUGUUGGGCAGCUGUUAAAGAUAGCAUGCACACUCUCGGUAACAAGUGCGGAGUGCGAACGUUCCAUUAGCCGUCUGCGGUUUUUGAAAACUUGCAUGCGUAGCGGCAUGGGAGAGUCACGCUUGAAUGGCCUAACGCUGCUCCAUGUUCACCGGGAUAUCCCGUGUGAUGCUGAAGCCGUCGUGGAAGAAUUUGCAAAGCGAAACCCACGGCGGCUUCAGCUGUCCGAGUUUUGUUAGCAAUGGUUUGUUUGUUAAAUAGUUAUGUGAGAGAUCUGCCUUGAAUAUAUUACAACUACUUGCUUCACGUUAUACUGCAAUUUUCGUACCGUCCUGAAGAAAUUCUCUUUUGACUCUGUGUACCCCGGGCCCCCGUUUAACUCCUGUAUCCGCGCUUGAGCUGUUUGACUCGCCCCCAUAGUGGACUGCUUGUCUUUGAUGGUUGCAGUCAACAUCGAGACAACAGAUCUACCGUCAUUUUUGGUUGCAAAGUCUACUUUCACCUUAUACUACUUCCCUGAAAUGGGUGUGGUCUAGCGUUUCAUGUCCGUGCACCCCCUCUCCUCAG